AGUAACACCUAAAUAGGAACAAGCUUUCCACAAAACGUCUCCUGGGCGACAUUCUUCCAUCGAUAGAUGCCAUGUGUCGCGUUGCCGUAUACGAAUAAAACUAAACCAAAUCCAUUCGUUCGGAUUCGAUUCCGAAUGCCCAGAGCGGUAGGUCGCUACUUUAACUGCCCGGCCAUUAAUUGGGGCCGUAUUAACCCCAUGGCCCUAGGCUUUUAGGUAUUUCGGGACCCUCCGACAUCUUCAAUCUUUUACAGCUAUACUGCGUGACUGGUAUUUAGACACUAAACCGCAACAGGCUACGUAGUCAUGUUUUUGUAAAUUUUGAAAACAAUAUUAAUUCGUUUUACAUCCUCCUGAGCCCUGGACACGUGUCUAAUGAUUAAAACGACCAAUAAAAUUAUCUUUAACUAAUCGAAAUUACUAUAUAAUUUAUUUUUAAUCAGUGGAGCAUAAUUAUAAUAAUUUGUUACGGUGAGAUGGCAACACUUUACUAAAUUUCAAGAUGGCAGCCUCAAUGCAUUCGUUUGCAAUUCAACGUGGAGUGUUAACAUUUUUAUAAAACGACAAGUUUACGUGAAAAUAAGAAUGAAUUUAUUUUACAUCAGGUCUUCACAUUUUUUAAUUGGCUCGUUCUACAGGACUUACAUUUGCUCAAAGAAUGUCGUGCAUCAAAAUCAUUGUCGAAAUUUAUAUUUAUUUUCAAUCCGAAACUUUGCUUUCAAUAGAGAUUAUGGCCCGGAUGAGAAAGCUGUACGAUUGAAAGAGCGUAUUUUUCAAAAAAUCGAAAACCCCGAUAAACGAGCAUUUUUAAUAACUGUAGAUACAUACUGCGAAAGGGAUAAAGGAAGGAGAGGUCAUGUCGAAUUCAUCCAUGCUGCCCUUAAACAUAUGGAAGAAUAUGGCGUUGAAGAUGAUCUUGAAGUCUAUAAGAAACUAUUAGAUAUUUUUCCAAAAGGAAAAUAUGUUGCACAAAAUAUCUUCCAAACAGAAUUUAUGCAUUUUCCAAAACAUCAGCAAUGUGCAAUAGAUUUAUUGGAUCAAAUGGAAAGGUUUGGUGUAAUGCCCGAUAAAGAAAUUCAAGAUAUGAUUUAUAAUACUUUUGGUAAAUACAGUUUCGUUCACCGCAAGUUUGCUCGCAUGGCUUACUGGCUUCCAAAAUUUAGAAAUCUCAGUCCAUUUCCUCUUCCUAAACCGUUACCCAAUGACGUCUCUGAAUUAGCCAAAUUAGCUAUAGAAAGAAUAUGUGUUGAUCUCAGGAACGUCAUUAGUGUUUAUAAUACGAGUGACGUUAAGGAGUCUCUGGACAAAACAUGGAUAAUUAGUGGACAAAGUCCAGAACAGCAAAAGCUAUUAAGAGAACAUCCAUUGACACAACCUGUUAUCGUCGAAGGUCCUUAUAUUAUUUGGUUAAGGAAAGUUUCAAUUUCUUAUUUUAUUUUAUCGGCAGAUCCAAAACCAAUUCCCGAAGAUGAGGUUGAUAUUGAUGAUGUAUCAAAUUUAACUGUUGGAAUAUUUACUCCUCCUGCUAAGAAAGUAGCACCGCUGCCCUCAAUUCAUGAACAAGAAGAUAGAGUUAUAUUUGCAUGCUGUGCAACGGGAACAUCCAGCAGGGAUUCUUUGCUAUCUUGGAUUCGAAUUUUACAAAAAACAAAUCCCAUCCUCGAACGUUUACCAAUAACGUUUACUUUGAAAGCUCCCAGUAAAGAACUUGUCACCUUAAAUCAAAAAGAAACAGAUAUUGCCAGCAGUCCAGCUCUACCAGAAUCUACUAGUUGAUAUUAAGUUGAUUAGAUAAUUUUGGUAAACUUCUAGUGUAAAAUAAAACUGUAUAUAUUGAUUGUAAUAUUUAUUUAGUAUAAACACUUCUAGUUUUAGUGAUUUCUUUAGAGUAGUGUUGUUAAUAAAUGCACUAUUCAAUCAAUCUAAUCAAUAGUGCAUUCAAAUUUUUGGCCAAUUCGUGGUAGCAAGUUUAUAUUUUUAGUGGCAAUUUAUUGUUU